AUGCGUGUGGCCCCUUUUUUCCCCCCUUUUAUCAAAACGGGGACAAUUAGACAACAUCUCGUCCAAGGUGCUGGAAAGUUGCUUCCCACUGGCGAUACGGCUGCGAGUUGCCUCACUGAGGUUUUACCCAGGCCCAUUACUCCAGCUACUGUGAGAAAGUUUCGAAAAACAACAAAUCCAGCUCCCGGUGCUGAAAGAAUAUUCUACGGCAGAGCAGAUGAUCCUGACAUUGCAGCUCACUUGACACAUGGCAUAGAGUCGCGUUCUUCACUCAGUGCAGCUUCAUUGAUAAAUCCACUUCCUAAAACUAAUUUUCAACAAAAAAUACAAGACAAAAAAGAAGCAAUCUACUUUAGUAAUCGUCAAGCACCCUUGGGCACAUCACAUGAUCAUUCUUCUAUGUUACCUAAGGGCUUGGAUAUAAUUAAUACUACAUUUGGAACAAAAGUCAUCCAAGAUGUAUCAGCUGGAGAGCUUAUAAAUCCACCAAAAACUUUUGAGGAAGUGGAUAAAGAAUCCAGAGAAGGACAUGAUCUGUACAUUGUGUCACACAAUGAUUAUUUUGUGGGAGAAGCAAUAAAUAGGAAGUAUGUCUCGCCAAACUUCAGCAAGUCUUCUGUUUAUGGAAUAGAAACCCCUCACUUCAAAGAUGGGCGAAAUGUUUCCAAAUCCUUAAAUUGGCUCUAUGAUCUGCAAUCGAAGAGAGCAGCAAAAAUUGUAUCAAAGCGAAGUGAUGAUUUCAAGGAAAAAUUUCAGCCUCAGCUUGGAAAAGUCCUUGAUCCUAUAGCAGAAACUUUGAAUGUUCUCCCAGGCCAUACAUUUGGAAUGUUACUCCGUCCAGAUGAAUAUGGAGUUGGUGAUCUUCUUCACUGCCGGGUUCCAUGUGAGUUCCUCUGUGGUAAAGACAAAGAGAGAGCUGUCCUGACUGCAGUUCGGCAAAGUUUGAAGAAAGCUAACUAUGAGAAUUUUGACAUGUUACUAGAAGCAUUCAGGCAUUACGAUAAGAACGGUGAUGGAAUGAUAGACAAGGAUGACCUGCGAAAGUCCUGUUUUCAGCUUAAUCUGAAUCUAGAUGAUGAGCUCCUGGAUUCCUUGUUUGACUAUUGUGAUUUGGAUAAAGAUGGUCUGAUUAACUAUGUGGAGUUUGCAAACUUUCUGAACUGGAAAGACAAAAUGGCUGUUAAAGAGUUUGAAGAAAAAAUAAUUGCAAAAGGUAGAUCUCCUGUUCUGCCUGAAGACACAAAGACAAAUGAUGAGCCACUGCUGAAGCAGGAAGAUCUUGUGUUAAAAGAACUGGGAAGCUCAGAAAAGACACCAAAACCACUUACAAGAUCAACAGAUCAUGCAUUUGCAAAUUAUCAAACAACUUCUUCUCAGUAUAAUGCUGUAGUAGGUGGUCUCCCAACAACCUGUUAUCCAGUGUGUGGUGUUCCAACUAUUCGUUCAGAUAUUCCUGCUCCUCAAAUUCGCCGCAUCAGUGACAGAACUAAUUAUGGUGAUGAGGCCAAUGCUUAUGCAUUAUUGUUCCCUUCUGUCUUCAGUCAAAAGGGAGUGUAUGAAAGUGACUUUUUUAAAACAAGACCAAAGGCAGAGAUUGCACAAAUUCUCCACAACAUUGGUGUGAACAUUUCAGAUGAAAGGUUUGAAGAGAUAUGGAAGCAAGCCUGUAUGAAAUAUCAGAAGGAAGAGGUUUGUGUAGAAAGCAUCAGGAAUGUACUGGAUGAAAUACAUGUAUCACACACAAAAACCAGUCGCAUUAAUAGUAGCUGUCUUGCAUCAAGUAGAAAGAAUUUGCUUUCUGGUAUCUCCAGGGAGCAGGUGGUGGAAAUGCUGCGUUAUGAAGGCAGCUUCUUUCCUGCUGUGAAAGUUAUUGGAAAUAACGAACCAAACCCCCCAAAUCCUCAACCAUUCAAAAAGUCCCAAAUCUUUUUGCAACUGGGAGUGGAGGAAUACAUUGUUCAUAGAGAAGGAGUCCCAGUUCGUGCUACUAGGUUGAAGAUCAGCCCAAGAGAUCUUCCAGCAGUGAAACUCGCUUAUGGAGCUCCUACAAAAACUGCAAAUUACAUGGCGCUAGCAUGUUAA